AUGGCAAAGACUCCUCCAGAGAACUGUGAGGACUGUCACAUUCUAAAUGCAGAAGCUUUGAAAUCCAAGAAGAUAUGUAAAUCACUUAAGAUUUGUGGACUGGUAUUUGGUGUCCUGGCUUUAACUCUAAUUGUCCUGUUUUGGGGGAGCAAACACUUCUGGCCGGAGGUAUCUAAGAAAACCUAUGACAUGGAGCACACUUUCUACAGCAAUGGUGAGAAGAAGAAGAUUUAUAUGGAAAUUGAUCCCAUGACCAGGACAGAAAUAUUCAGAAGUGGAAAUGGCACUGAUGAAACAUUGGAAGUCCAUGACUUUAAAAAUGGAUACACUGGCAUCUACUUCGUAGGUCUUCAAAAAUGUUUUAUUAAAACUCAAAUCAAGGUGAUUCCCGAAUUUUCUGAACCAGAAGAGGAAGUCGAUGAGAAUGAAGAAAUUACUACAACUUUCUUUGAACAGUCAGUAAUUUGGGUUCCUGCAGAAAAGCCUAUUGAAAACAGAGACUUCCUAAAAAAUUCUAAGAUUCUGGAGAUUUGUGAUAAUGUGACCAUGUACUGGAUCAAUCCCACUCUAAUAGCAGUUUCAGAACUACAAGACUUUGAGGAGGAUGGUGAAGAUCUUCACUUUCCUACCAACGAAAAAAAGGGAAUUGAACAGAAUGAGCAAUGGGUAGUCCCGCAAGUAAAGGUGGAGAAGACCCGUCACAUCAGACAAGCAAGUGAGGAAGACCUUCCAGUAAAUGAUUAUACUGAAAAUGGAAUCGAAUUUGACCUCAUGCUGGAUGAGAGAGGUUAUUGCUGUAUUUACUGUCGUCGAGGUAACCGCUACUGCCGCCGUGUCUGUGAACCUUUAUUAGGUUACUACCCAUAUCCAUACUGCUACCAAGGAGGACGAGUCAUCUGCCGUGUCAUCAUGCCUUGCAACUGGUGGGUGGCCCGCAUGCUUGGGAGAGUCUAA